UUAAUUUCGGUCAAUAUUAUAAUAUUAUAAUGAGCUAUUCACUACUAGCAAAAGUUAAGAAGAAAGGCGAUAAAUCUAGGUUGUUUGACCCUUUGCAGGCAAAUAUUUUGUCUCUGGCUGUCCAACAACGUUCAAAGCACAUUUUUACCCCAGUUCCUAUUCGGGCAAAUGUCAAACAAACUUUCCCACAAGAAAUUGGUCAAGAGGGUCCAGUGAAUGUAGAAACUGAUUUAAUAGCAGCAUUGCUUAAAGUAAGCUCUGAGGAUCGAUUUCCAGCAUUGAACUUGCUAGCUUCGCUACUGAAGGUCCCCAGAAAUUCAGAGGUUGAAAGCACCUUGUCAAAAUUGGCGACUCCUUUGCAUGCUACUUCCGAACUACAUUCCUAUUCUGGGUGAAAUGAUAUUAACAGUUCAUUGCAAGAGUCCAACCAAUUAGAGACAACUGAAACUUACUUGGAUCCUCUGAAAUCGAAGAAGAAAUUGGUGAGGAAGCAGACCUCCUUCGCUAUGACUGAUGUGAAAAGCGAAUGUAAUUCAACCAAUGAACCAGUUAACCAAACUACGAAGUCUCCAGAUCAUAAUGAUUCGAUUCAUAACUUUGAUGAUUCUGAGGAGAUUUUACCAUCAAGUGUGAAAAACUCUCCUCUGAUUGGCUAUAAAAACAAUACUAAAACUUCCGAAAAGAUGGUUGGCUUAUUAACCGCUUCUGAGAGAAAGCUCAAAGUCCAGCGCUAUUUAGAUAAAAAGAAGAGAAGAAGAGGUGAGAAAUCAGUCAGAUAUGAAUGCAGACAAGACCUAGCUUCCAAGAGAUUCAGAUAUCAGGGAAGAUUCAUUAGGUUUGAGGAUUUGCACAAAUUCAAAGGCAAACUUAUAAUCGAUUAUACCGAGAGGAAGCUCAUCAAGCCUAUUUUUCAGAUCACGAAAGUGUCUAGAUAGGUUGUUUCUCCUUUCCUAAGGCCCUAGAUUGUGUCUAGUUGGUCUUUUAUACCCAUUUUCACUUACUUAAUCGACCAGAAAUUAAAAGAUGAUUGCUGUAAAGGAUGCCUUUACUGAUACCUUCAUCUUAAGUUCUGUGAUUUUAGUAAAUUCUUC